UGACAAACAUACAUUCCACUUGUCCCACUCAAACCUCUCCUACUACUGCCUCUCUCUUGUAGAAUUGCCACUCAAACAUAUUUGAUCACCGUUUAUGCUCAUGGCCGAAGAAGAACCCCCCCACCCCUACCCCCACCCCCACCCCCACCCCAACCCCCAUCCCCACCCCCACUCCCACCCCAACCCUCAUCCCCACGCCCACCCCCAACCCCCAAAGAUGGCCUCACCCGACGAGAAGCACCCGCACAAGGAGCCCAUCCCGCCGCCGUAUCCUCGCCCCCGGGGGCGAGGAUACAGCGGCGGCGGGGGUCGAGCAAGAGACCCCCGCCGAGCCCUCUGCACCGCCGCCGCAGCCGUGCUAGUCCUCGUCGGCGUCACCGCCCUCACUCUCUGGCUCGUCUACCGCCCGCGCCACCCGAGGUUCCAAGUCGUCAGCGCCGCCGUGUACCAGCUCAACACCUCCUCGCCGCCGUUCGUGACCGCGAGCGCGCAGUUCACGGUGGUGGCGAGGAACCCCAACAGGCACCUCACCGUUCUGUACGACCCCUUCUCCGCCUACCUAUCAUACAGGAACCGGGCCAUCACGCCGCCCGCGGCGCUGCCGCCGCUCUUUCAGGAGACGAGGAGCACGGUGGCGCUGUCGCCGCUCCUGGGCGGCGCGCCGGUGCCCGUGGAGGCCGAGCUGGCCAACGCGCUCGCCAUGGACGAGGCCUACGGCGUGGUGGGGCUGCGGCUGGUGCUGACGGGGAAGGUCAGGUACAAGGCCGGAGCCGUCGGCGGCGGCCGCCACGGUGUGUACGUGGCGUGCGAUUUGCUGGUCAGUUUGAAGAAGGGCUUUGUGGGGCAACUGCCGCUUCUUGGAUCGCCGCCCUGCAAAGUUCAUCUUUGAAAUUCGAUUAAUUACGAAUAAUUUCCAUUUUUCUGUGAUUUUAUUUGCUUAAUUGCAGUAUUUUUGUAAUAUUCUCGCUCAUUAAUCACAAUGUGCGGCACUAAGCUGCCGGAUUUGCCGAU